AGGUGUCAAGGAACCGCGGGACCCCCGGCGAGCCAGUGAGGAACCGAGCUUCCCAGGCAGCCUGGCUGCAAGGUGGUGCUCUCAGUCAUGGAAUAUAAGCUGCCACGUGAAUGAGCCCAGGCAAAGCUGUGGGGGAACGAGACACCACGUAGAGCAGAGCCGUCCCAGACGAGGCCAUUCUAGAUGAGCCAACUAUCAGUCCACCCUCGCUGUCUGAGCACACGUGAUGGAGCCCAGCCAAGCUCAAGUUUCCGCCCAUGUGACUUCAGCGUGAGUUACCAGAAACCACAAGAGAAAGAGCCGUGAGAGAGCCCCAGAGCAAACGACAUGUCCCUGUGGGGAGCAGUGCCUCUGCACCCCAGAGCGAGGAGGACGCAGGGGUCACAGGUGGCUGCAGAGCCGGCAGAGGAGGGACCUCUUGAGGAGCUUGGCUGUGGGGCUGCUGGCCUGGGAAUCGUCAGGCAAGGAGGCCAGCUGGUGACAAGAGAGCCCAGAGGCCCCUGGGGCUGCGUGGAGAGCCCGGAAGACUGCAGUCAUGCCUCACAGCUCCGACAGCAGCGACUCCAGCUUCAGCCGCUCUCCGCCCCCAGGCAAACAGGACUCAUCUGACGACGUGAGAAAGGUUCAGAGGCGGGAGAAAAACCGCAUCGCUGCCCAGAAGAGCCGACAGAGGCAGACGCAGAAAGCCGACACCCUGCACUUGGAGAGUGAAGACCUGGAGAAACAGAACGCGGCUCUGCGCAAGGAGAUCAAGCAGCUCACAGAGGAGAUGAAGUACUUCACGUCGGUGCUCAGCAGCCACGAGCCCCUGUGCUCCGUGCUGGCCACCAGUGCGCCCUCGCCGCCCGAGGUGGUGUACAGCGCCCACGCCUUCCACCAGCCUCAUGUCAGCUCCCCGCGCUUCCAGCCCUGAGCUUUGCCAGAGGUGGGGGAGAGCACGGCCACCCCCAGCAGUCCCCAGCUGCUCCAGCAGGCCUCCGGAGGGGCACAUGGACUGUGGCCAGGUGGCCCUCGCCCCUCAGAGCCCUCUGUCUUCCUGGAGAGGCCAAGACAGAGGCCUGGACAAAGACUGAGCAUAGGACCGGGGCAGCUGGAAGUGGGUGAGGCCCCCCAGCAGGGUGGCAGCCCAUCUGCACGGGCUGGACCCCACGAGGGUGGGGGCUGGACCACAUGGACAGAGGCCCAGCCCACAGUUGUCUCAGCCAUAGCACCAUAGUGCAGGGAAGUAUUAUUUUUCUAAAUAAAUAUAUCAAAAGAAA